CCAAUUCAUUCCAUCUAUACGUAAUUGUUUAUGUAUUGGUCAUAUUUUCAACUAUUUCUGCUUCUUUCCUAAAGCGCGACAUUAUUGGAAUGGAAUGGUCGGAGAGCGACUACGAUGACGAAAUGAUGCGAGAAAAGACUAUGUCUCGGAUUCUUGAUCUCGCCAUCAGAAAACGACGUCGAAUGAAGCGCCGUAAGAGAGGCUAUAGUCUUCGCGAUGAUUUCCUACAAACACGACUAAUCAGCACCUUAUGUUCGAAUCUCAAAGAAAUUAUGGAACAAAGAGAGAAACGUCGAAAGGCUGCUGAGUAUUAUUUGAAAGAUUUAUUAUAGUGUUGUAUGGAAAGCAAAGCAUGUUUAUUAGUACAUAUAUCAAUUAUGUUUGGUUUUUUGUUUAUUACUUAUAAAGUACU